AUGGAGAAUUGUUCAAAGGUGGAGGAGUUCAUCCUUGUGGGAUUAACAGAUUCCCCUGAACUUCAAGUCCCUCUCUUCAUAAUAUUCACUAUCAUCUACCUCAUCACUCUGAUGGGGAACUUGGGUCUGCUAUUCCUGAUAUCAUGGGACUCCCAUUUGCACACACCCAUGUACUUUUUCCUCAGUAACCUCUCUCUGGCAGAUUUGGGCUACUCUUCAGCCAUUACUCCUAAAGUGAUGGCUGGAUUCUUCUCAGGAGGCAAAACCAUCUCCUAUGGUGGAUGUGCUACACAAAUGUACUUCUUUGUGUACUUUGCCACAGUUGAAAGUUAUCUGCUGGCUGCUAUGGCCUAUGAUCGCCAGGUUGCCGUGUGUAAGCCCCUACAUUACAACACAACAAUGACAUCUAGGGUUUGUGCUAGUCUGGCCAUUGGUUGCUACGUUUGUGGUUUUCUGAAUUCUUCCACUCACACAGGAAACACCUUCCGCCUCCACUUUUGCAAUUCCAAUGUGAUCCAUCACUUUUUCUGUGACAUUCCACCCCUCUUGGUUCUCUCCUCCUCUGUCACAUAUAUCAACGAAUUGGUUGUCUUCUUUGCUGUAGUUUUCCAUUCAUCUUUUACAAUUUUUUUCAUUUUGAAAUCCUACUUUUUAAUUUUCAUUGCCAUUUUAAGGAUGCGCUCAGCUGAGGGCCGCCAGAAAGCCUUCUCUACUUGUGCUACCCAUCUCACAGCUGUGUCCAUAUUCUAUGGGACAGUAAUCUUCAUGUAUUUACACCCCAGCUCCAGGCAUAACAUGGACACAGACAAAAUGGCUUCAGUGUUCUACACCAUAGUCAUUCCUAUGUUGAAUCCUUUGGUCUAUAGUCUGAGGAAUAAGGAAGUCAUUAGUGCAUUUAGGAAAUUUGUGAGUAAAGCAAUAUCUUCAUUAGGCAUCUUUUUUAAUUAA